AUGUCAAAAUUAACUAAUAAACGUUUAGUGUAUUCUCAGGACACCAUAUUUUGUGUCUUACAAAUUUCAGUCAUUAUAAUAAGGUUACUAUAUUUGCAAGAAGCAAUACAUGAUGACCUUCAACUUCCAGAGGACAUUGGCAGAAAGUGGUACCUAUGUUACGUACUUCUGGGAAGAUUGUUUUUACUCGCUGCUAAUCUAACACCACAUAUCUACUUGCAACAUGUUGCUUAA